AUGUCACUUUCUACCAUUUCUAUUGUAGCUUUAAGUGUGGUUGCUUUAUUUAUCAUACUCACAAUUAUAUUACUUAUUUACUAUUUCUCACGACUGAUUAACAAAGUUAGCCCCAGUGAAUCUCAAAGUUAUUUAAUUCAAAAAGACGAAGAAAAUUGUGUAGUUCAAAGCCCUACAAUACAAGAAGAUAAUAAAGUACCUUACCCUCUUCCUGUUAUUAUAGGAAUUGACUGGGGGUAUGACAACAUUGUUGUUUCAACAAAAACACCUUAUUAUUUUGAAACUCUGAAAAUCCAGAAUUACCCAGAAACACUUCCCAAUGUCAUUUCAAUUGACAAAGGAGAGAUAUAUCCCUUUUUCAAAACCACAAGUAUUAACGAAAUCACUGUAUACGAGCACAUAUUUAGUGGUUUUGAGAAUAACAAAUACGAUUUUGACAAAAGAAUGUAUGGCACUUUGACUUGUCAAACCGUAGUUGCUAUUAUGCUGAACUUCAUUAAAACCAAAACGAACUUUGAAAUUGCCGCAGUGGCUCUUAGACCACACGAACACAAUGUCGACUUCGCAAAAUUGCUUAUUAAAGCGGGCGAAGUGAUCAACGUGAAAAUAGUGAUUGUGCCGAUGUACUUGGGACCACUCACUGAAAUUCUUUUGUCACGUGAAAACGACACAUAUAAAGUCUUUGGGAUUUUAGAUAUUGGCGUGAAGACCACGGAUUUCUGUCUCUUCACAAAUUGCAAAAAUAACACUAAAAUAAUUGCAAACAACUCCAUUGAUAUUGGUAACGACGACUUGACUGCUCCACUUGAAAAACUGAUCAAAGAUAAAGUUGGCAGUGACCACGUCAAAGUACCUAAAGACUUCAUUCUUAAAGUCAAAAAGAGUUUUUGUGGUGACGCGCAGUAUUUUCAAAGUGAUUUGAACACGAUCGAUGACUCGUAUGAGAUUAAAAUUUCAUAUGAAGAAUAUAGAGAUACAGUCGCAAAGGAAACACAGAAGUUGUGUGAGUUUAUUUCAAAUACGACAACAAAGUACUUGGGAGAUCUAAAAAUUGAGUUUUGUGAAGUUGUUGGAUCGGGGUGGAGACCAUCGCCAGUACUCAAUGAAAUUAAAAAGUGUGUACCAAUUCAAACUCACUUGAACGGUAAUAAUUCAAGCUCAAUAGGAUGCGCAAUGUACUUAUCAUUGUUAUUAGAACCAAAUUGGAGAAAAAGUCAAAUCAAUGUCAAUCAUAAAAAACACAUGAUCGCUGGAGACCAAUUUUCUAUUGAACUUCCAGACGAAUUGAAUGAGUUCUAUGAAGUGGUUUUUACAAAAGAAUAUUAUUUAAUGAAAAAUGAAAAUGGAUGUGUUACUUUGGACGAGUUAACUAUUCAUAAUAGUAGCAAUUUAAAUGGAAAUAAUAAAUCUAAUGAAUAUGAAAUAUUCGAAGAAAACUACAGGAACAACUCGGAAAAGUUUAGUAACUUUUUAUGGGAGAAGGCUAAAAUCAAUUUGAAUAACAAGAAAAGGGUACUUGGAACGUCUUUCAACAAAUAUCAACAAGAGUUGGAAAACGUUGUGUUUGGGGAUAUUGAAGCACUUAAACAAAUAAAAAACAAUAUCGAUACUGAAUUUGAAGCCAAGAAAACUUUAAUUAAAUGA